AUGCCUACCGUGGUCUUAAUGGACGUGUCUCUGUCCAUGACACGGCCAGUGUCGCAGGAUGGCAGCGAGGAGUUUCAGAGGAAGAACCUGGCUGUCCACGGACUGAAUAUGCUGUUUGAACACAUGGCAUCAAACUACCGAUUGGAGUUCACAUCACUCAUGGCCUUUUCUUCUCUCUGGGAGCUCCUGGUGCCUUUCACCAGAGAUUACAAUGCAUUACAGGAGGCUCUGAGCAACCUGGAAGACUAUGACAAGACCUGUGUUGAAUCAGCCCUUAAUGGAGUUAGUAACGUCGUACAGCAGGAGUGGGGCAGUGCCUGUCCCUGUCAGGUGGUGCUGGUUACAGAUGGAUCUCUUGGUAUUGGAAAAGGUUCGCUAAGGCACUCCCUACAAACACUGAAGCAGCGUGGGGAUGACAAGAAGUUCCCACUCCCUUUCCCUUUCCCUACCAAACUGUUCAUCAUGUGUGUAGCCAAUGCGGAGGAGUUACAGAUGACUGAUGCCAUGGACAACUUGGAGGAGCUACUUCGUCUCAGUGGAGGUGAUGGGCAGAUCUUCACUACGGAGGGACCACUUUGCAUGAAGAGUGUGCAAGCUAUGUUUGGGAGGCUGAUUGAUCACGCAUACUCUCCCUUCCAUGCUGUCCUCCACUGUGGGAACCUGUCCUCAGACGUUCAGGUUUUCCCUCGACCUGAGCCUGUUGUGAUGGAUGAAGAGGUGGAGCCCAUGCCCCGAACAGUCAGUACAGAUUUGGAAAUUGUGGGCUUUAUUGAAAUUGCUGACAUUUCCAGUCCUCCUGUUAUAUCCAGACACUUGGUACUGCCUAUAGCUGUAAACAAAGAAGUGGAUGAAGUUGGCGCAGGAGCCGCAGAUGAGCUUGAGGAGGAACCCUCAGCCAGUCAAAUGGCAGGCAAAAGUCCAAAUUUUUGUGUACUUUUACAUGGAAGUCUCAAAGUUGAGGGCAUGGUGGCACUGGUCCAGCUUGGGCCAGAGUGGUACGGCAUGCUGUACUCCCAAGCCGACAGCAAGAAGAAAUCGAACCUGAUGAUGUCUCUGUUUGAGCCUGGUCCAGAGCCUCUGCCUUGGUUGGGCAAGAUCUCCCAUUUGGGACCAAUAUCAGAGGCUGCUGAAAAUCCCUAUGGCGAGGACGACAGUAAAAGUCCUUUCCCUGUGCAGCCCCAGGUCAAACGAAGCUAUGCCCAGAAUGUCACUGUGUGGAUUAAGGCCAGUGGACUACAGACUGAUGUGCAGAAGAUCCUGAGGAAUGCAAGGAAAUUGCCAGAUAAAACUCAAACUUUCUAUAAGGAGCUGAACCGCCUUCGGAAGGCUGCCUUGGCUUUUGGUUUCUGGGAGCUCCUGAAGGGAGUGGCCGAUCUGCUGGAGAGGGAGUGCACCCUGCUGCCUGACUCAGCCCAUCCGGAUGCCGCUUUCCAGCUCUCCCACGCUGCACAGCAACUUAAACUGGCCAGCACUGGUGACAACCAGCAUGCUGCUUUUGAUCACAUCAUUGUUCCUAUGCACACAGACUUCUCAAGCUGAGUUAGUGAAUGAGGGGAAAAUGGAGCAUCAGCCUGUGUGGACCAACGUGGGGAACAGCACGUGUGUGUAUAUGUGUGUGUGUGUGUGUGUGCGCACGCUGAAUGUUGUUUAAAGAACUCAUUGAGAGAGCUACUUAAGGAACCUAAAUGGGUCCAAUAACUUAGACCCGUUCUUUGACACUGCUUAAACUAAAAUGUUUAACAUUUGUAAGAUGAUAGCAUGUACAUAUUUUUACAUGUUCAAUUGUUGUCUUUUCCAUAAAUUGACAAGAUUAAAAUUUUUAUUUUUA